AUGUCAUCACAGCCUCCGCCUACUCCAGUCGCCGCUACUGUCACGCCUCAGCCUCAAAUGACACCUCAUUCUCACACACCGCAGCCUCUAACUCCUCAACCAACGCUUGUUCCAACUCCGCAACCUCUGUCCAUUCCGCUAGCCCAAACUCCCCAACCUCUACCCACCAUCUCGGUCCCUCCUACAGCCUCUUCUCUGACUGUGAUGCCUGUUAUUCAUUCAACUACCUCGGAAUAUAGUGAUCCCAGCAGUGAAGCGCCUGCUUCUGUUUAUAGUGGAACUGAAACUCUUUACUCCCCCAUGGACGGGCACAGCAACAGUGCCCAACUCUACUCCCCUCCAACUCUAGCUGCCUCAUCAUCUCUACCUCCAGUUACUCUUGCAACAGCUUUGUCGUCCGCAUCCCUCACUCACGAUGCCUUGUACCCGGCAACUGCUGCCGCUCUGUCGCAGGUAACAUUACCUCACUCCUCUGGUAUGCAGCCUCAUCUACCUCAGGUUUACCCAACGUAUUACCCGUUGGAGUAUUCCACACUUCGUCCCGAUUACCGGGCUUACCAAGCGUACUCGCGGCCGCUGCCAGAUGAUAGUCGAUCUCAGUACUCUUCUCCAUAUCCUCCGUAUCAUUUCUGA